ACGGCUGCACUGAAGUAGUGACUGGCACUCAGAGGCCGAUACAGAUUCAAAAUAUUUACUUUUAAAUGCGCUACUUUUGUAAUAAGCCACGAUCGAGAACCUGCCUGAGUAAUAACGAAUGUGACCCGGAGUCGUAAAGGCUGUGCAGGGUGAAGUCGGGGGAGACGGACAGGAAAAAAACAAAGAUGGCUGUGUAGCCAGAGAGACGAGUCCCAGCAGAAGUGUCUCUAGCCGCGGCUUUAAUCACCGACAGGUCCCGUGGGUCCCGUGGACAGUCCGCCGGUACCGGAGCAGGGACGUUAGAUGAGCAGCCGAGCUGGGCCGUCGGUGUGCAUCGGUGUAAUCUGCUGUCAUUGCGAAUAACGGCGUCGAGAGCACAACAACAGCUGAGAGACGCCUGAGUUGUUUUUGUUCUGCCUGGGCUAAGGGAGAGGACUGCUGUGUUUUUGUCAACGUAGCUAGCCGCAUAGUCUGCUAGCCUCACUGUAAGUCAACUAAACUAGUCAAUUAAGUCGUAAUUACAUUCUGCACAUGAUCUCGUUAUUACACAAUCAUUGGCUUGUUAAAUUCCAAGUUCGUAAGUGGAGGGUGGCGUUAUUAAUAAUAAUAAGUUAGCUUGCAUUCCUUUCUGACAGCCUGCUGCCGUAGCGUUAGCCUAGCUAGCGUUAGCUAGGUAUCAGCUGACCGUUAGCUUGACAGGUUGUAAGCUAGCCCUGAGCUAACCUGCUAACAUUUGGGGCGCAGCCUGGUCGCUGCAGGUUCAUCUCAGAGAAUCUCUAGACUGUCGUCGUCAUGUCUUCGCUGGAAGAGAGAGACGUGGGCGGUGUGGCCGCCCCUGGCUCCUCCUCGGCCGGCAUGGGGGUCGGGGCCGUGGGGGCAGCGGUGGAGGCAGUGGCCGGGGUCGCAGCCAUGCAGGAGGAGGUCGGCAUACGGAGAGAAGGGCCCGAGCCUGACCAGGACGAGCCACCCAAGAAGAGGGUGAGAUUGCCCGAGGGAGAGUCAGGAAAGCUGGAGGAGAGACUGUACUCAGUGCUGUGCUGCACCGUGUGCCUAGACUUGCCCAAGGCGUCUGUAUACCAGUGUACCAACGGACACCUGAUGUGUGCAGGCUGUUUUAUCCACCUCCUGGCUGAUUCUCGUCUCAAGGAGGAACAGGCCACAUGUCCCAACUGCAGGUGUGAGAUCAGCAAGAACCUGUGCUGCAGGAACCUUGCAGUGGAGAAAGCUGUCAGUGAGCUGCCGACAGAAUGCACCUUCUGCCUAAAACAGUUCCCCCGCUCCAGCUUAGAGAGACACCAGAAAGAGGAGUGCCAAGACAGGGUGACGCAGUGUAAGUACAAGAGGAUUGGCUGCCCUUGGCAAGGUCCGUUCCACGAGCUGCCAGCACAUGAGAGUGAGUGCUCCCAUCCCACCAAGACUGGUACAGAGCUGAUGGGAAUACUGGGAGAGAUGGACCAGAACCACCGCAGAGACAUGCAGCUCUAUAACAGCAUCUUCAGCCUGCUCUGCUACGAAAAGAUCGGCUUUACAGAGGUGCAGUUCAGGCCGUACCGCACUGAUGACUUCAUCACUCGUCUGUACUAUGAAACGCCACGCUUCACCGUUCUCAACCAGACGUGGGUGCUGAAGGCCCGCGUUAAUGACUCCGAGCGCAACCCCAACCUUUCCUGCAAGCGCACACUCUCCUUCCAGCUCAUCCUCAAAAGCAAGGUGAACUCUGCCCUGGAGUGCUCCUUCCUGCUGCUGAAGGGGCCGUACGACGAUGUGCGGAUCAAGCCGGUCAUCCACCACCACUCCUUCUGCAACGACGCCAACGAGACCGACUACGUCCCUCUGCCCAUCUCCGAUUCGGUGGAGUGCAACAAACUGCUGGCCGCCAAAAACAUCAACCUGCGCCUGUUCAUCUUCCAAGUCCAAAAAUAAAGAGUGAGCAGGGAGGAGGAGGAGGAGGAGGAGGAGGAGGAGGGAGGACGAGGAAGAAGAAGAAGGGUGACGGAGGGUCUGAGAGAGAAAAAAGAUGAAGAUUAAAGAGAGACACCACUGAACCACUGAUACCUCUUAACACCUACACACACACACACACACACACACACAUUCACGCAGGGUACACACGCCUCCAUACACUCACACACACACACACACACACACCACUAAUUACACUUACCUCCUUUUACAAGAUAGUGAGACCCCUUGCUUUGGGGAGCUGUGAGUUGCUGUGGAGAUGGGUGGGCAUUGUUAUGGGAUGGAGGAGUUGGAUGAAACCUGCGAAGGCACAGGCGGGGGGUGUUGGGGUGAGCGGAGGUGAGGGAGGGGGUUCUGGGAUGGUCGGUGUGUACCUGUGGAGGCUCUCUGAGGUCAGGUUGUGUCUGACCUUUCACCCCUGACACCCGCAGCCAAAGGUAGCACACACACCAAACAAAGCAGGAUUUGCUGGGUACAUUUGUUGCAUGUGUGCGUGUUUGUGUGCGUGUGGGAAUAACUGAAAGAGAGUUUAGUGACGGACCCUGGCGUGUGGCCCAAACUCUGCUUUUAUUCUGAAAUGUCCCAAAGAUAAUGUGAAACUCGAGUGAUUGACUCUACUGAGCUGUUCUUUGGACAUGUGAAUGGAUGUGGAGGACGUGUGUGUGUGUGUGUGUGUGUGAGUGAGAGAGAGCGAGUGUGUUUGUCCCUUCCCUCUACACACUUUAUGCCUGAGUCUACUCAACGAUUUCUUUCUGUCUUGGCAAGAGUGUCCAUUUUUGCGCCUCAAUCUUUGCCAGAACAGACGAAAGACCGCGUUCCCCCCAGUAACCCCCUUUUACCUUUCAUCACGAGGAGAGACGGCCUGGCUGCAUGCAUAUUUUAGUUCUUCGACUUCUUCCUCCAGCUGUGGUUAUAUUUAACCUUCAACACUAAUACCAUUUUUAUUUCUCUUAACCCUAAAUAUUUAAGUACCUGUGAACUUUUUCUUUUUGGAUUUUUAGCGUGUGACUGGCUGCCUGUGUGUGUGUGUGUGUGUGUGUGUGUGUGUGUUAGUGAGUGUGUGUAAACAGAUUAUAACUGAGAUUCUUGUGAAUGUGUCCCUAUGUGAAAAACAGUACAAACCUUAAGGACAUGUCUUUGGAUUACAAACAGACCCCCAGGUUCACUGUGUGUCAGAAGCUUUUUGGUAAUUUGAUUAUUUGCUAAUUUAAUUCAGUACAGUAACAACUGGGUCCCUAUAACGUUAUAAUGUAAACAUUUUAUUAUUUUAGCUGGCAAAGUUUUUCAUGCUCUUAUUUAACAUUUUUGUUCAAAAAUAUUAUUGAUUUCAGAGUAAGAGAUAUAUUAGCCGAUGUUAGUUCAUUACUGCUGUAGUGAGUAACAUGAAACUGCAGUACAGAAAUAAAAACAAAUACAUAGUUUGUUCACCAGACGACUAAAACUGUAACGUGUUCAGCUUAGUGUGCAUCUUGGUCACAAUCAUUUAGAAAAAAUAUGUAUAUUUUACUGAGAUUGUACAAGAUUUUUUUUUUUUUUUACGUCAAAUAAAUUAUCAGAUUUCGAAAGUCCUUUAUCAGUAUCAGCCCAAAAGAUCAGUAUCGGUUGCAUUGUAUUUUUCACACAUUUUUCCAGUCACGGAAUGUUACUCCUGCCAUCAAGAAAGACUUAAAAAUGUUUUUGAAUAUGAUCAAUAUGUCUCUGUGGAAGCUCAUUUUUAUAAAUUUAAAAGAUCCUGUAAGACAUUAUAAUGAGAGACUCAACAUAAUGACUUCAUAUCACAAAAUAAUGGUAUUUCAAAAUACGAAUUUAUUGGGUUGAAAUAUUCUUCAUUCAUCUAUCUUAAAGUAGUGAGAAAUUGUCUCAAAAUAGUAACUCGGUAUUUCAAGAAUAAUGGGAAAAACUCAAAAUAAUAUGUUUGUAUUUUGAAAUAAUGAAGCCUCCAAAUAAUGACUUAGUAUAUCAAAAUGAGUUGUUUUUAUUGUUUUUCCAAUACUAUUUAAAGAAAGUAUCUCAUAAUGACUUGCAAGAAGUUUUAAUCCUAUUUUUUUCCUUUUACUGGCAGAAAUGGGUUUAAAAAUCAGUAAAAACAGCCAACCACCUUUGAUCCAGUUUUGUUAAUAACUAGGGUUUCUUUGGGUAGUUUUCUUUCAUCAAAUGCACCAACUAAUAGACAUACAGAGAACCUGGGCCAGGUUGUAUUGCAGUAAAAAAAAAAAAGUACUGGUUGGAUUUUGGGUCUCGGUGCAAAAUAUAAGGAAGCUUCCAUCCCUAGUGUGAGCUGCACGUGAUGGAUGAACUCAGAGACAGCAAGGACCCACGAGGACGAGGCAACACCCCGAACUGGGAGUCUCUCUGGGCGAUAUUCAGCUGCUCGGAGCUCAAAGACCCUCUGGAGAAGACUCCUACUGGAAGAUCAGACUUUGGGUGGUAAUGGAUUGUGUGUUUGUGCGUGGCAGGGGUGGGGACGGGGAGGGACGGGGGGGUUUACCUUACCACAGUGACAUAUUAGUGUUAGACUUACUUGAACGAGAAGGAGAAGAUGUUACUUAAGUAGAUUCUACUGUAAAGCAGAUAGAUCUCUCUCCUCCUGGCCUCUACUUCCUGUAUUUGUGUUUUAAUGCUUCGUCUCUAUGCCAGUGGACUCACUCAUCUCACUAUGGCUGUACAUGUGCCUUUUAUUAAAGAUCAUGGAACCUGCA